UGUGUCCUUUCCUGCUGUCCCCCUUAACCUUUGUUCUACUAUCAUCAGAUGCCCUAAAAUCAAAGUAAGAUGUCUUACUUCUAAACAUGUCACACUUUCUUGAAUAUUUAACAGUGAUAGUGGUUGAAAUAUAAUACCUCUUAAUGAGACACUGAACUAUUUAAUGAUCUUUGGAGAAAUUAUGAAGCUAUGCAUAAAUUACGUAGCUACGUUCUGCUUUUAAUGCUGUCGGUUGUUUUAAAUUAAUUGAAAAUUUGCUUUCUCAAGACAGUGUAUUAUAUUUUUCAGAUGUUUAAUUUCCUGUUGUGCAGUAUUACUGGUGUAGGAGUGGUGUUCUCCAUUUGUAUGCGGUGUUAGCUGUUUUCAUCAUUGGACCCACACGAGGGUUAUUUUGUGGACUCCCUUCGUACAGUUUCCAGUAUAAGGACCAGAAAAUGUACCACUGCUGCCUCCUACCACAUUCCACCCUCUACGGUAUUCACAAUCAUCUUUCCAUCUUCCUUGAUACUUUAUAGCCCCUAUAUUGAAAUAAUAUCAUUAAAUUACCUCAGAACCAUUGAAUCUACAAAUAAGUUACUGCAAAGUUGUUGAAACUGCAGGGUCAGUAAUUAUUUUCAUUAUCUUUUAUAGGUAAAUAAUCACCAUAUUAAAAAAAUUGUAUUUUAUGCAGUUUUUUUUUACAAAGAAGCAAUUACUAAAGUCUGAUUUAGGUUUAUUUAAAUUAGUGCUUAUAUUGGGAUAUAAAAACCAAAAUAAAGUUUGUUUGACAGUUUUUAGUUUAGAUCUGCCAUAAAGAAUUGACGAAAAUCAUUUAGUAGUUUCAGAGAUUAAUAUAUGUGUGGGUUGUUGGGUACUGAAUGUGUAUAUAGAAACUUUUACUCUAAUGCCAGUGUUUCAUUCAUGUGGUCAAGUGAGUACCCAAAUGAGGCUUUGUAAGUCCAUUCAUUGCAGUAGUUACUGGGUAAAAAGUACUAACAUUAAGGAUUGCGAUAUCAGGGGAGAUAUAUUUACUUAAGAAAUUUUUAAUUCAUCAGUUUAAUACACGACUGUUCCUUUAAAUUUCAUGGAUUUCCUCAGUCAGUGGUACUGAAGCUUAGAGUUUGGCUCAUCAAUUAAUAAUUUAUACUAAUUACAUUUAUUUAUUUUUACCUUUAACCUUGCAUAAAUUUUUUUGUCAUAUUACUGUAGUUCUCAUUGGUAAAUCUUGACAACAAAUUUUCCUGUAUUUGUGUUCCUCUAAUUUAAACUGUGUAAGGUUCAAAACAAUUUAUUGAAGUGUCGAAACAAGUUUAGCUGUUUCUUAUUUCCUUGGACUAAUUUCAGCUCAAUUUAUAAAGAAGUGUGUUACAGAGUUGGUUAUCAUGUCACUGUAAGAAUAAAAUAUGUUGUGUAACUCCAUCACUUGUGACAGACAGCUUGAAGCUUGAACCAAGAUGAUUGAUGUAGCCCGAUUAACGGUCUUCACAAAGGAACAUGACUCGGCAUGUUUUAAGUCCCGUUCCUCCACAUGUACCGAGUCAUUCUUAAUUUACAAGGUUGCCGGGUCAGCACAGCUCACAUUCAGAAAUAUGAAGCUUAAUGCCAUAUUGUUCUUGCUAUGAAGUAGAACAUGGGCCCAAAUUUCAACUUAAUAUUGGUAUCCUAAGCUGUACUGCUAAUGGAAGGACAUGAACUUUGCUAUGAGUAAUUUCUGCUGAAUACUGUCAGAUCAGAUUCAUUUCAUUCUACACAUCUUUAGCUGUUUUAGUGGUUUUAAAUAACUCAAAACUAAGUUGAUCUAAUGAAUACUUCUCAUCUUGUUGUCAGACUGCUGUCAGCUAUUUCCCAUGUGCGGAUACUGAAGUAGACUAUUUGAGGUGUGUGCACAGUUAACAGUAAUUUUCAACAGCUGGAGGGUGAGCUGUUGAGGUCAGUGAACUCUCAUAAUAGGACAGCAGGCCAGCCUGCUACUGGUAUAAAUAUUGUUUCAGCACUUCUGCAUCAAUCAUACCUCAGGGAGUGCAACUGAUGGCAGCAACAGUUGGAGUGAAUUAAAGGGAUUGAAGAGAGUAAGGUCAAACUUCAAAUUUGAAGCAACAUGAUUAUGGCCUAUGGUUUGUUGCUAAUAUGCAUCACGCUCCAGUUGGUGACAUCUCAGGCAAGACUUGAAUUUGCUGACAACUCGACAAACCGAGACCAGCGCAACAUACUGCUAUACCAAUCUCUGUUCAUGCCCCCACGCCGACACCAGCCUAACAGUAAUACCAACUCAAAUAUGGAAGAAGAGGGUGCAGCAACAUCUCGGAUAGAGAAUAUGGCAUGCCGGGCACUGGAUGGGACAACCGGGUUGUGUUACAGUAAGAGUGAAUGCACAGAGCUAGAUGGCAGGAGUGUUGGGCUGUGCGAUGAUGAUACUGGAGAGGAUGGUCCAAUCUGCUGCAUAGUUGAGAAGAGCUGCCGUAACAUAACAAAACAGGCCAUUUCCUAUUUUGUGAACCCAAGCUAUCCUGACAGGGACCGUCUUGGAUCCUUCUGUGAUUUUCGCAUUGACAUCACCAACAAAAAUGUCUGCCAGGUCCGACUUGACUUGGAGGAAUUCUCUCUGCUGGGACCUCAUACAACUAUGGGAAUCUGCCGCAGCGAUCGUUUUGUUGCCAUGACAUCACUGCCAAAUGGCAUAGGAAUAUCGGAGCUCUGCGGCGAAAAUGCUGGACAGCACUUGUAUGUUCCUGUGGAUGCAACUGUAGGCAGUGCAUCUGUCUCUCUUAUGGUGAUGACAUCUGGUGCCAAGGCCUACCAGUGGCAUAUCCGAGCCACUCAGAUAGACUGCAGGACUACACCCGAACUUGUGGCCCCUAAUGGAUGUCUGCAGUACCACACAGAUCUCAGUGGCAACAUCAGAAGCUUUAACUAUGAUCCAGCUGAUAGUGGUCACUAUCAGAGCAACCUAGACUAUGCCAUCUGCAUCCAGCGAUCCCCAAACACUUGCCGUGUUGAGUUCAACCAGGUUGAGAACUCUGUUUUCUGGAUCAACACUGCAGAUGGCAUGUACCUAGAGGAGGGAGUGGGUCGUGCAGGUGCUGCAGCCUGUGACCUCAGCUCUCACGACUACCUGUACAUCCCAGGUGGACGAGAUGGGAGUGAUGGGCAACCUGGAGGUGCUUUCUCUGAACCAACAGCAGACAAGUUCUGUGGACGCAGCUUGUCAGGUCUCGCAGUAACCGAGACCGCAGAUCGAAUGAGAUCUGGCUAUGUACUGGAUCCACCAGACAAUAACACUCUUGCCUCCACUGUUACAAGUUAUGCAGCAGGCCCAAUUGUUCUCCGCUUUCAUUCAGAUGACAUCAUAGAACCAGACCAAGAGCUUGGCUUUGACAUCAUGUACAGACAACUGGGUACAGGUUGCAUACGUUCACUGAAAUAAGUGAGCUCGCCAAUGAUAAUGAUCCGGUGCUUAAGUCGUAUUUCAAGACAUUUGGUAGCACAGCAGUAUAUAAAUUAAAGGAUAUGAAUGCAGUUUGUACAAGUUUUUAAUAAAAUGACAAGGAGGAAUUAAAUACUUUAACCUUAUUCUGAUGCUAUAUAGUCUGAGCUACUGAAAAAGCAUUGUUGAAUAAACAAUAAAUAAAUUUAAUUUUGUACAGUGA